CAUACGAAACCAAGCGAUAUCGCUUUAAGAUUAGAUUUCUAGUUUUAUUACGAUACAGGACGUGGCUGUACAGUGGUUGAAGGUACAUCGAAGGUACAGCAACGGAUACUAGAAAUAAUGAAGAGAAAAUAAACUUGUAUGCGGAUCUUAUUAACAAGGUGGAAAAGGACAAUAUACAAAUUCUUGUGGCUAAAUUUAAAAUAACUAAAGCGGGUGACACAUCAUUGGAUAAAAUCGUAAUAGAAGUGCGUAACAAAAUUGAACUUUUUCAUUUCACUCACGAGAGUUAACAACAAUAAACAACCGUAAAUGUCAGCAAUAUUUAUAAUUUAGUUGUCGGAGACAUUGUGUGUGUUUUUUUUCUGAAUGACACAAGGCUGUGAAGUAUUUUAAUAGGCGCGUAUGGACUUUAGAACAAAACGUCGGAUUUGUUGACAUUUGUGCAAAUUGGACUUUAAACGUUUAUUGAAUCAAAAUCUGUAAUCGGAUAUCGAUUUUGAUCGAAGACAUUCGUGGAAGUUGUGCAGUUUCUCUCCAUUCUUAUUAAGCCUCUUAAGGACAAAUCGAAACAUGUUGGACAUCAUGUUCUCAAUGAAGCAGGGAGGAGUGUGGUUGAUGUUCGGAGUGCUUCUAAUGCACGUGACGCUGUCAUCUCAGUGCGACCAGUGUGAUUGUAACAUCAGUGGCGGAGAUGACGUAAAAGGUGUCCACGUGGCACAGCUCACGUGUCAAAGCGGAUCAGUCACGUGGUACAAUCCAACGAGCGCUUUACGACUCGAGGUCAAACCUCAAAAGAUGCGCUCAUUCACUGCGUGCAUGAUCAUCGAUUCCGAUGACGUCAUGUUAAAGAUGUCGCGCGAAAAUGACAUCACAGUGAACACCAGGUCGCCAACGGAGCGGACCAGACACGUAUUAAAUGAUCACAACUUGAAAGAGGUCUACACAGGGACGGGGCGCAGCCAAGAGAUUUGCCUGACUUCAAAAGGGCCUCUGAGUUUAUAUUUAGAAGCGGAAGAAUCCGCUGUGCUAGGCUCUCGAAAGGUGGUAAUUCAGUAUGACAUAUCUGAAUACCGAACCGAUCAACAGGAUACUUCAAUAGAAGAGUGUCGCCCGUGCAGUCCGGAAGAGCUUCUUACUGCCUACUGCUCCAGCGAUUUUGUCGUUGUCGGAAAGAUGAACAAUGUUGAACAUUUUGACCAGAAAACGCGUAUUGGCGUCGCUGUUACCCAGAUCGUGCGUCAGAUUGGUUCCCACUUCACACGCAUGCGCAGAGACACAUUGGAACUCCAGGGAACCGUUACCACGCACCGGAAGUGCGGUGUUGUCAAAGGCGACGGAAUGUUCCUCCUGACCGGAAGAGAAAGACUGGGUGAAUUGCGUUUGGGAUGCGCACCUUACCUCGAUGAAUGGGAGUCUAUCGUCAGCGCCGCGGAACGUGAUGGGAAGUUGCAGUGUAUCCGAGAAUGAACGCAACCGGAACCUCUGCCGUCCAUGACGGCUUCGGUACCGGUAAUCUACCUCAUGUGAAAGUUUCACUGCAACCUUAGCCCAGGUGACCUAAGUCACGUCUCGCUAGCGAUGUUACGUCAUGGCGCUGUGGAACCAAGAGAUGGGUCCGCGGGCACUAACAGGCGGCGCGGUGAUAUACGUCAUAAUGUGAAUAUGACGUCAUGACAAAUGGUGCAAUUUUAAUGAAUUUGUGGACCAGUGAUGUGGACGCAAGCCUUGGAGUUCAGCAGCAUUCAAACCCUUUGGCCCAAGCAACCUUGCUGAAGGAGAUGAGGUCACUAUGGUUACAAUUCGGAUCACAACGGACGAUACUCGGACGUCACCGACAUGCUCGCCAGACAAUCGUAACAACUCGGACAUCUUCGACAGACUCGGUUUAUUUCGUGGAAAUAGCGGAGCGUGAUUCGAUUGGCUCGUUAGAUUGUCGCCGUGUUUCGAGUGUUCCGAAGAAUGACGUUGGAAAUCCAGUGCAGGGCAUACCUAUACCAGAUUGUAUAGAGUUUCCAUGAAGUGAUAAAAUUAACAUACUUAAUCGUACUUCACAGAGACCAUUAACGUUCAAGUGAAAUGCCAUACUCAUAUCCAUAUUUACAAGACUGUUUUUCUUCUGAAAGCAUGUUUAUUUAUAUAUUAAAAAUAAAUUUGAACUUGCAUAA